UCUGCUUCAACAAUUAAACCACCCUCGAACCAACCAAGUCUCCAGCUCGCGGCACGCGAUGGCCCGAACCCCACCUCCAUCAUCAGUCGCGAUGGAGUCAUGUACGCCAACGGCCAGAUUCCCCACCAGGAUGCGGGGAAUGUCUUGUUGUUCCCGUCGGCCCUUUGGGCGAUUGUCUGGAUAGAAGCCCCUAUGAUAUCACGCGGAAAACGCCCGGGUUUGGUCCCAACCAAACCCCCCCAGCGCCAGGCCCAAGAGCGACCACUCUCACUCGCACUCCAUCACUGACCACAAGUCCACAACACUCACUCAAAAUGGCUCCGCGACCCUCGUUUGAUGACCUCCCGCUCGACAAAUCGGGCCCUCCAGGGAACGCCUGGGGACUGUACCCGAAGAACGACACGCUCGGCACCCUGAAUCUCCUCACGCCCGAGACCACGGUUGCCGCCUCGAAACAGAUCAUCGACGGCACCCGCGUCUCGGUUGACCUAACCCUCGGUCACCUCGCCAGGCCCUGCUUCGGUCGACAGUCCUUGAAGCACGACAUUUGGCUCAAAGAGGGCCGCGUGGUGCACGACGAUGCAUUGAGCUUCAAUACGCAGAGCAGCUCGCAAUGGGAUGGGUUCCGACAUUUUGGGUACCAGGAGCACGGGGUGUUUUACAAUGGCUGGACAAGUGAGCAGCUGCUGAAAACGGACGAAAUGGGCAUGCAAUCUUGGGUCGACAAAGGUGGGAUUGUCGGUCGUGGGGUGCUCAUUGACUACGCAGCUUGGGCUGACCACAAGGGUAUCGAGAUCAAAGCCUUGGACACGACUUCCAUCAAGGUGUCGACUAUCAAGGAGGUCCUCGCGUACCAGAAUACCACCCUGCAGCCUGGCGAUAUUGUCUUCGUGCGAAGCGGCUACGUCCGCGCCUACAACGCAGCGACAUCCGAGAAGCGACAGGCACUGGCUGACAUAACUGUGCCGCCCGCCAUCGGGCUCGAGUCUUCUGAGGAGACUCUGCGUUGGCUGUGGGAUGGGCAAUUUGCAGCCAUUGCAGGUGACCACCCGAGCAUGGAGGCAUGGCCGUGCCAAGACACGAAGCACUGGUUGCAUGAGUGGUGUCUUGCUGGUUGGGGCAUGCCCUUGGGUGAACUGUUCAAUCUGGAGACGCUGAGUCAGACCUGCGCGGAGAAGAAGAGGUAUACAUUCUUCUUCAGCAGCAUGCCUCUGAAUGUACGCGGCGGAGUCGCAAGUCCUCCCAAUGGAGUUGCUAUAUUUUAG